AUGGCCCCAGAUGGCGAGUGUGUCUUCCCAUUCUGGUACAGAAAGGAAAAGUACUAUGACUGUGUGAAACUCAACGCCAAGCACAAGUGGUGCUCCCUGAACACCACGUUCAGCGGGUACUGGAAGUACUGUGCUAUGUCGGACUUUGCGCCCUGCGCCUUCCCCUUCUGGUACCGGCGCCUGAUCUACCGCAAGUGCACGGAAGAUGGCGAAGUGUUUGGGAGGAAGUGGUGCUCGCUGACCCCUGACUACAACCGGGAUCAAGUGUGGAAGUACUGCUGA